AUGCCACCAUGUGCACCACAAACGGUAUCGUCAACUGCAUCAUCUAACACAUCACCGAUAAUUACAACUACUGUGACACCUACUGCAGCACCAACUGCACCAGCUAUUCAACCAAUACCUGAAUCACUAACAUCAACGGCUACUUCACCACCAACUUCAGCACCUACUGAAUCAACGACUGUACCACCAACUACUGUACCACCAACUACUGUGCCACCAACUACUGUACCACCUAAUGCAGCACCAAUUGCAGCACCUACAACUGUACCACCAACUACUUUACCACAAACUACUGUACCACCAACUACUGUACCAUCAACGACUGUACCACCAACUACUGUACCACCAACUACUGUACCAACCGCUGCCUCUACUGCAGCACCAACUUCAGCACAUACUGAAUCAACAACUGUACCACCAACUACUGUGCCACCUACUGCGGCACCAACCGCUGCAUCUACUGCAGCACCAACUUCAGCACCUACAACUGUACCAACAACUGUACCACCAACUACUGUACCACCAACGACUGAACCACCAACGACUGUCACCUACAACUGUACCACCAACUUACCACCAACUACUGUACCACCAACUACUGUACCACCAACGACUGUAACACCAACGACUGUGCCACCAACUACUGUACCACCUACUGCGGCACCAACCGCUGCAUCUACUGCAGCACCAACUUCAGCCCCUACUGUACCACCAACUACUGUACCACCAACUACUGUGCCACCUACUGCGGCACCAACCGCUGCACCUACUGAACCAACAACUGUACCACCAACUACUGUACCACCAACUACUGUACCACCAACGACUGUACCAGCAACGACUGUGCCACCAACUACUGUACCACCAACGACUGUGCCACCAACUACUGUGUCACCUAAUGCGGCACCAACCGCUGCACCUACUGAACCAACAACUGUACCACCAAAUACUGUACCACCAACUACUGUACCACCAACGACUGUUCCACCAACGACUGUACCAACAACUACUGUACCACCAACUACUGUGCCAACUACUGCGGCUCCAACCGCUGCACCUACUGAACCAACAACUAUACCACCAACUACUCUACCACCAACUACUGUACCACCAACGACUGUACCACCAACUACUGUACCACCAACUACUGUGCCACCUACUGCGGCGCCAACCGCUGCAUCUACUGCAGCACCAACUUCGGCACCUACUGAACCAACAACUGUACCACCAACUACUGUGCCACCAACUACUGUACCACCAACUACUGUACCACCAACUACUGUGCCACCAACGACUGUACCUCCACUUACUGUACCACCAACUACUGUACCACCAACGACUUUUCCACCAACAACUGUACCACCAACUACUGUACCACCUACUGCGGCACCAACCGCUGCAUCUACUGCAGCACCAACUUCAGCACCUACUGAACCAACAACUGUACCACCAACGACUGUACCACCAACGACUGCGCCACCAACUACUGUACCACCAACUACUGUACCACCAACUACUGUGCCACCUACUGCGGCACCAACCGCUGCAUCUACUGAACCAACAACUAUACCACCAACUACUCUACCACCAACUACUGUACCACCAACGACUGUAACACUAACGACUGUACCACCAACUACUGUGCCACCUACUGCGGCACCAACCGCUGCACCUACUGCAGCACCAACUUCGGCACCUACUGAACCAACAACUGUACCACCAACUACUGUACCACCAACUACUGUGCCACCUACUGCGGCACCAACCGCUGCAUCUACUGCAGCACCAACUUCAGCACCUACUGAACCAACAACUGUACCACCAACUACUGUACCACCAACUACUGUACCACCAACUACUGUACCACCAACGACUGUACUACCAACAACUGUACCACCAACUACUGUACCACCUACUGCGGCACCAACCGCUGCAUCUACUGCAGCACCAACUUCGGCACCUACUGAACCAACAACUGUACCACCAACUACUGUACCACCAACUACUGUACCACCAACUACUGUACCACCAACUACUGUACCACCAACUACUGUACCACCAACUACUGUGCCACCUACUGCGGCACCAACCGCUGCAUCUACUGCAGCACCAACUUCGGCACCUACUGAACCAACAACUGUACCACCAACUACUGUACCACCAACGACUGUACUACCAACAACUGUACCACCAACUACUGUACCACCUACUGCGGCACCAACCGCUGCAUCUACUGCAGCACCAACUUCGGCACCUACUGAACCAACAACUGUACCACCAACUACUGUACCACCAACGACUGUACCACCAACGACUGUACUACCAACAACUGUACCACCAACUACUGUACCACCUACUGCGGCACCAACCGCUGCAUCUACUGCAGCACCAACUUCGGCACCUACUGAACCAACAACCGUACCACCAACAACUGUACCACCAACUACUGUACCACCAACUACUGUACCACCAACGACUGUACCUCCAACUACUGUACCACCAACUACUGUACCACCUACUGCGGCACCAACCCCUGCAUCUACUGCAGCACCAACUUCGGCACCUACUGAACCAACAACUGUACCACCAACGACUGUUCCACCAACAACUGUACCACCAACUACUGUACCACCAACUACUGUACCACCUACUGCGGCACCAACCCCUGCAUCUACUGCAGCACCAACUUCAGCCCCUACUGUACCACCAACAACUGUACCACCAACUACUGUACCACCAACUACUGUACCACCUACUGCGGCACCAACCGCUGCAUCUACUGCAGCACCAACUUCGGCACCUACUGAACCAACAACUGUACCACCAACUACUGUACCACCUACUGCGGCACCAACCGCUGCAUCUACUGCAGCACCAACUUCGGCACCUACUGAACCAACAACUGUACCACCAACUACUGUACCACCUACUGCGGCACCAACCGCUGCAUCUACUGCAGCACCAACUUCAGCCCCUACUGUACCACCAACUACUGUACCACCUACUUCGGCACCAACCGCGGCAUCUACUGCGGCACCAACUUCAGCCCCUACUGAACCAACGACUGUACCUCCAACUACUGUACCACCAACUACUGUACCACCUACUGCGACACCAACCGCUGCAUCUACUGCAGCACCAACUUCGGCACCUACUGAACCAACAACUGUACCACCAACGACUGUACCACCAACAACUGUACCACCAACUACUGUACCACCUACUGCGGCACCAACCGCUGCAUCUACUGCAGCACCAACUUCGGCACCUACUGAACCAACAACUGUACCACCAACUACUGUACCAUCAACUACUGUACCACCUACUGCGGCACCAACCGCUGCAUCUACUGCAGCACCAACUUCAGCCCCUACUGAACCAACAACUGUACCACCAACUACUGUGCCACCUACUGCGGCACCAACCGCUGCACCUACUGCAGCACCAACUUCGGCACCUACUGAACCAACAACUGUACCACCAACUACUGUACCACCAACUACUGUACCACCUACUGCGGCACCAACCGCUGCAUCUACUGCAGCACCAACUUCGGCACCUACUGAACCAACAACUGUACCACCAACUACUGUACCACCAACGACUGUACCACCAACUACUGUACCACCAACUACUGUACCACCAACUACUGUACCACCAACUACUGUGCCACCUACUGCGGCACCAACCGCUGCAUCUACUGCAGCACCAACUUCAGCACCUACUGAACCAACAACUGUACCACCAACGACUGUGCCACCAACUACUGUACCACCAACUACUGUACCACCAACUACUGUACCACCUACUGCGGCACCAACCGCUGCAUCUACUGCAGCACCAACUUCAGCACCUACUGAACCAACAACUGUACCACCAACUACUGUACCACCAACUACUGUGCCACCAACUACUGUACCACCAACUACUGUACCACCAACUACUGUACCACCAACUACUGUGCCACCUACAGCAGCACCAACCUCUGCUCCUACUGCUGUACCUACUUUGCCGCCAACUGUACGCCCAACUGCUGUUCCAUGUCCACCUCACUCACCCUACGUAAAGAUCCCUCCAUAUCGUCCUGCUCCUCUACGUUCUUCGUAUGUUUACUCCCGACCUAAAGUUCCUCAUAGUUAUCCAUCGGUGCGAAAUUACCCCAGAGCUUCAGCACCUAGUAAUUGUAUGAGAAUAACCGAUAAUGGGCCAGCUGGAAGAAGAGGAAGUACUCGGAUUGUCUGCUUUCCGCUGCAAGCAGCGCCCGCAAGGAUUGUAAGACCGCGAAUAGUUCAGCCCCCGCAACCACUUCCAGUACCUUACGCAGCGCGGCGUUGCAAUGGUCGUCGUUGCAAUAGAGGAGAAACACCUCAACGAAAUGGUUGCUGCAUUGGAAGUAAUGUUUAUGCCAGAAAGCCAGUGUAUUAUCCAGCACCAAGCCGAAGAUUCUUAUCGCGUGCACCAGUUAGACGGCCAAUAAACUAUGGAUAA